GGGAGAAGGGCUUGAACCCGGAGGAGCUCCAGGAAGCUUUCGCUCAGGCGGAGGAGCUCAGCUACGGACAGGAGGCGACCGUCGAGGCAGAGCAUGGGCCGAUCUUCCUCAGUGCAGCUCCGUCAGGCGCCAGUCUGGGUGGUUCCUUCUGGUCCCUGGAGGCUUUGGGCAUUCGCCUCGCGGUCCUUGGCGCGGCUUGUGCCCUGUCGGUGCCUGUGUCCCAGGGGCUGGAGACGGAGGUCCUUCGGAAAGCUGAAGUGGUGGUGUGCCCAUGCCUUGCCAAAGAGGGGGAAGGCGCAGAAGUUCGCGCCAGUCUGCCGGAGGUUUCGCACCAGGCUGCAGCUGUCUUGGGUAGAGGCGGCAACGUGCUCAUUCCCAUUGGAGCGGACCAG